UUCGCGCGGAUUUUUGAGAACAGGUAAAUACUCGUUUUACUUUUCUAUUUUGAAAGUUGUUAGAAACUUUGUAUUUCAUUCUUCACUAACAGUGGCUGUUCUGUUCCAAUGGUAAACACGUGUAGAGAGAAUGGAAACAUGGAUAACUCUUAUUCCCACUAGUGACAUCUCACGCACCCACAGCAGAAAACUUCAAUAUGCAAAGUGGCGGAGUUGGUAGUAACGCCUUUCACAAGACAGCUCAACAGAUUCAGAUGGCGCAACAUCAAAAUACAUCAAGAACCACAGGAGGGGCGUCAGCAUCAUCUUCUUUCUUAGGCAAUGAAAUAAGUAUAGGAGGUGUUAGGAUUGGAGGGGCACAGCAAACACAAAGAGGAGGCAACGAGAUGGUUCAAGAUGUUUCAGAUGAAGGCGUACAGGAGACGCUUAGUGAAGAAGUGUUUACAAAGUACCAAAGCAGAGAUCUUAUACCAGGAGCACGGAUUCAUCCAGGAGAUAUAGUGGAAGCAGCGUCACUAGCAGCGAUUCCGUUACCAAAGCCAACCUAUGACCUUGCAGCCUCCAUUCCUAGAGACCUCAUCACUACUGGCAAGUUUAGUCGUCUUCAACUUGAAGGAAUCCUUUAUGCCUGUCAGCGCCACCUGACCAUCCUACCAAACGGCUCAAGGGCUGGUUGCUUCAUCGGUGAUGCUGCUGGCGUAGGUAAAGGCAGACAGAUUGCUGGAAUCGUACUGGAUAAUUUUGCUCGCGGUCGUACCAAGCAUGUAUGGUUUAGCAUAUCUUCGGACUUAAAAGUAGAUGCUCAGAGGGAUGUCCAUGACAUUGGCUGCCACAUCAAAGUGAUUGAGGGAUGUCAGCAGAUUGAUAAAGAAACAAAAGUUCUUGGACUUCCUAAGGAUCUUCAGAAUGGCGUUAUCUUCAGUACAUACUCGACACUAGUCUCAUCCACACAAAGAGGAGGUAUGUGGGGAUCUACCAGAAAGAGUCGAUUAGAUCAGCUGAUCAGUUGGUGCGGAGGGGAUUCAUUUGACGGUUGUCUCAUCUUUGAUGAGUGUCAUAAAGCGAAACAUUUUGUCCCGGGCAAGGAAGAGCAAAGUACCAAGGUGGCUGCUGCCGUGGUAACCAUUCAGAGGAUGCUACCUAAAGCAAGAGUUCUUUAUUGUAGUGCAACUGGAGUCUCUGACGUCAAGAACAUGGCUUUUAUGGAACGUCUUGGGAUCUGGGGAGAAGGUGCUGCCUUCAAGUCAUUUGAGAAUUUCUUAGACGCUAUUCAUAAGAGAGGAUUGGGUGUUGCUGAGAUGUUGGCAAUGGAGAUGAAGGCAUCUGGGACGUACGUCUCUCGUGGUCUCAGCUUCAGAGAGGCAGAGUUUGUUACCAUGGAAACAGACUUGAUAGAGGAGCAAAUAAAGAUGUACGACACCGCCGCUCAUGUCUGGAAUGAGUUGAAGAAUUCCUUGGAGGCUGCCUUAGGGAGGACAAACACCGGUUCUCCGAGGGUGUGGUCAUUUUUCUGGUCUUGUCAUCAGCGGUUCUUCAAACAACUUUGUUUGGGUGUGAAAGUGCCGAAGAUUGUCAAGGAAGCAAAGCAAGCAUUGGAGGAUGGAUACUGUGUUGUGAUUGGUCUACAGACUACGGGAGAGGCUAGUAUGGAUAGUGAGCGCAAUAAACACGAUAAAGGGGACAGUAGUUCUGAAUCAGGUUUUGUUUCUGUCGCGCGUGAGAUUCUUCUUCGAUUCAUCAAUCAAUACUUCCCAACAGUUAUCAUUGCGGAUGAUCAAGGACCAAGGGAUGACAACUGGAGCUUGACGGCUAAGACUAUGCUCCUCGACUUCACUAAGAAGAUGCCUCUACCCAACAGUCCUCUUGAUGACAUCAUUGAUCAACUGGGUGGAGUUUCCGUCGUUGCUGAGAUGACUGGGCGUAGGGGGCGUAUGAUACGCGAUGGUCCGAAUACAACGGCACGCUUUGAACCGCGCACCCCGAGUGACUCCUCUGAUGUGAAUAGUAUGAAUGUACAAGAGAGGAAUAGUUUUAUGUGCGGGAAGAAGUUGGUAGCCAUUAUAUCAGAUGCAGCUAGUACAGGUAUAUCGCUGCAUGCAGACGCCAGGGCUAAGAAUCAGAGGAGGAGGUUACAUCUAACGAUUGAGCUACCGUGGUCAGCAGAUAAAGCUGUCCAACAAAUGGGACGAUCACACCGGUCCAACCAGACAAGUGGUCCUGUGUAUAAACUACUGACAACCAAUCUUGGUGGUGAGAGACGUUUUGCUGCGUCUGUUGCACGGAGGCUGCAGACCCUUGGUGCAUUAACUCAAGGUGAUCGUAGAGCUGCAACAGGAGCUGACCUGACACAGUUCAACUUUGACACGCCGUAUGGUCGUUCAGCUUUACGUACCAUGUACGCAUCCAUAUGCAAUAAUGAAUUAGCCCCAGGCGUAUUGCUAUCCUCGAUUUCAGCCGGUAAACAAGAGGCCACCUUCCAAGACCUCAACAUUGAUUUACAGGACAGUAUUUCAGUGAUGGGCGUCAAGGAGCCCAAUGUAAUCGGCUGUCAGGUCAUUUAUAAGGACAGUAGAGACGUCAGCAAAUUCCUAAACAGAAUCCUAGGUCUACGAGUGGAGAAACAAAACUUGAUUUUUAACUACUUUUACGAGUGCCUCCAAGCUGUGAUUGCUACAGCCAAGAAAGAAGGAAAGUACACUGAGGGUCUUGUUGACAUUAGCGCAUCAUCGGUAGAGAUGGUCUGUCCUCCAAAGACUGUCUUCAAGGAAGCCAAUACAAGCACGCCAACCCAGCUGUUAUCCUUGUCAGUGGAUCGAGGCUUAAGUUGGCAGGCAGCGUUGGAGCGAUCAGAGAGAUUCACCGGUAAACACGAUGGCUUCUACUGCUCCAAGAGAGAUCAGUUCGGCAAGAAACUCUUUAUCCUAGCGACCCAGAAGGACAACUCAUCCCAUCUCUUCAAGAUCGCAAGGCCAAAUACUGGAGUUUCAGUGCUGGAUGAGGAUUAUGACGAUUUGAAGAUGCGAUAUGUACCAAUCACCAAAGAGGAAGCGGAGGAAGGGUGGAAUGAGCAAUAUGAAGCAACCAAAGAGAAAUGUAUACAUGGAUCCCAUUGCAAGAACCCUGGCAGUUGUACCAUCGGUACCCGUCUCCAUGGUAUGGAUCUGUUGUGUGGAGGAAUAGUCACCCUUUUGUCAACUCUAGAAAUGGUGGCCAACAAACACGCACCUAAACUAGAUCUCAGUAAGACAAGUUACAGCAUGCGAGUUGUACGAGUUGCUCUGAGUAACGACAAACGAGUGAUUGGUAUCCGCUACCCAGAAUGCCUAGUAGAGCUUGCUGAAGAAGUGGUCCGUGAACAGAAGCUUCUAGAAACAUUACAGGCGAAGUUGAUGAAGAACAUGGCAAAUGGCAUUACAACGCCAGUCUCCUUAAAUGACAUUAAGCAUCAGCCAAAACUAUCAACAGUUGAAGCUGAAUCACCAGUCAAUCCUAAGCUGGUAAAGAAAGCCAUGACUGCUCCUGUCACCCUCAAAUCCUUCUUCAAAGCCACCCCUCGAUUUGAUAGUGGAGAGACCCAAAGCCUUUGUGUAAGCUCUAAGGAUGGUGCUACCAAUGCAUCAAAAGGGGAUGAUGGUGAUGAUGACUGUGUUGUAAAUGAGGCAGAACUUGAUACCAACCCACAUAAAUUAAAAGGAAGUGUCGGCAGCAAAAGCCGUAAGAAGAAGCGCAAGAGUUGUGAGAGUGUUACAGAUAAGUCCCAGAGGAAUACAAAGUCUACAAAGGAUGAACGAGAAGUUGUUGAUUGUACUACUCUACCAAGCUCGGUUAAGUCUAACUCAUCCACAUCACAGGGUUCCGCAAUCAUCAACAGUGCUUCCUCCAAUGCACCAUGUAGUCCGGGUACCAAACGCCCCUUACAGGACAAUAACGGACGACCCGCUGAAAGUUCAUGCCAAGAGCCGUCUGCUAAGAAACCAAAGCCAACAAGCAGCUCUGUAGACUCCAUACCACAACAGGAGGUCAACAAGUCAAAGGUCAUAACGUGCCCAAUCUGCAAUGAAGACCUACCAUCUGGUACUCUAUUGACCAUGUUGAACAGACACAUAGAUGCGUGUCUACUAAAAACCUAAGUUGCCUUCAAUAGUCUUUGGGCAAUUUCGAGUACGCUCCGUGGUUGACUGUUUUGAAUUGAACCCAGGCUGGUCACUCAUUGGGUGACUAGUUUGGUCGAUCAAUCGGAACCAGCCUCAUGACCAUGGUUUCUUCUGUGGUUCCGAUAGCCUCUUCUAUGCUAAAAUGUGUAAAGCCGAGAAAAGUGACACUAGCAAAAAGCUGGAAGGCAAUGUAAGUGUUGAAUACCGUGGUACCGGUGGUUGACUAGACUUCCAAACAAGUUGUUUGAGUGAGAAAGUCUAUGUGCAUAUGUUUGCAGGUUAGUGGUCACUCAUGGGACGACUAAUUGUUUUGAAUGACAUCAAAUCUUCUUUUUUAAAUUCUAUAUCUAAAAACAUUUUCAAAGAUAAAAACACCCACAAAAACUGUUAAUAAUAUAAAAAAAACUCCUUUGUUUUUAGCUUACUAUAAAGUAAUGUGCUUACAACCCACAAUAAACUCUGCAUCUAAUUAGGCGCUACAGAUGUACACGUAUAUGCAAAAUACAUGUGUGUAACUGAUAAAAAAAAAUUUGAAGUUUUUCCCUGUUAAGAAGUCAAAACCUCAUCAUCUGUUCCUUCCAGUGCAUGAUCAGACAUUUUGCUUCAAGUUCACUUCCUUUAUUUCUAGCACGCAAGGGUGAUUCUUUUAAAUAAGUUUCUGGACGUAACCGUGUGUAACUAAAACCUUUUAAUUGAUGGUGCUUUUACUGUACAUGGAAGCUGACGAAACAAAGUUUAUAUAUCUUUUGAUACUUUGCAUAUUUGUAUCUAUUUAUAGAAGUUAAAAAAAACUCUCGCACUCUCAUUUUGUCCAAUGGUUUGCAAAAUUGCCAUUUUCCUAUCUGUUGUGCAGAAAAUUCUUUACCAUUUUAAUGUCUGAACUGGCGGCAACGUUGCUAUUGACCCAAUUCACUCGACGUCGUCAUCAGAAUAAUCUUGGAUGCGCCACUUUGGUGGGCA